GUCCAAUCGCUUGCGGGGACGAAGCACGGAUCUGUUGCACCGGCCCACUCAAGCACCAGGGGAGCCCAUAUCAAAUAGAGAGAGGCGAGAUCUCCCGAGCACUGCACACAAUUUUUCUUGUAGGCAUCGAUUUAUCGGUCCCUGAACUUCCUUUGCAAUGGCUGCUACCGCUGUGUCUGCGAUGAAGGCAGUCCCUACUGUUGCACCCUCCGCCAUGGAGAGGUCCUCAUUUUCCGGUGCUGCUGUGCAGGGAGUGCCUGCCUUGAGGGUGUCCAGGUCCGCUCGUCCCUUGUCUGUGACCGCCAGCACCAAGAAGCUCAAGGUUGCUCAGCCUUUGGGUCCCUCUGGAGACUUCAAAAACAAGAAGGGCGUUGAUGCCGGCGGCCGUGUCUUGAAGGGCAAGGGCGUGUACCAAUUCGUCGACAAGUACGGUGCUAAUGUGGAUGGAUACAGCCCGAUCUACGCCAGGGAGGAGUGGAGCGCUGGAGGCGACAGCUACGCAGGAGGAACGCCCGCUCUUGCCAUCUGGGCCCUUCUUCUCGGUGGACUGCUCGUGACUGGAGCCCUUCUGGUCUACAACACAUCUGCAUUGAGCGGUUAAGUGUUCGUAGUCCUAUUAUUGCGUCUGUACAUAACUACAUAUCCGUCGACCUUAAUAGAGUAGGGUGAAGAAUUUCUCUACCCUGAAUUUAAUUACUCUAAUUUCCCUGUAACUUCAUGGCCUGUUCCCUGGUUCCUUCAGUGAUUGCAAUUUCAUAUUCCCUCGUUGGAAACCGAGUCUUGCAAAGGGAUGUUUUGUAAUGUACUUUGGCAUCUUAACUCAAUACUAGUACAAUCAAAAGCA